AAUUGACGUUCCGGAAGUAGUAGCGUGUGUACGUCAGACUUCCGAUCGACUUUACUGUAUGCUGGUUGGCUAGUCCUGUUCUAUGGAGUUGGCGCCAUUGCAGGGCUGUCGUGCUGUGUUCUGUGCGUUCUUCCCCAAAAUAACACAUUUUUAGCCUGAAUCAGCUAAUUAGCUACGGUGCAAUGGCCGAUAAAGACGCUGCUUUUGAUGACGCUGUGGAAGAAAGGGUGAUCAAUGAAGAGUACAAGAUCUGGAAGAAGAACACCCCUUUCCUCUAUGAUCUGGUCAUGACUCAUGCCCUGGAGUGGCCCAGUCUCACUGCUCAGUGGCUGCCAGACGUCACCAGACCAGAGGGAAAGGAUUAUAGUGUGCAUCGGCUGGUUCUGGGGACUCACACAUCUGAUGAGCAGAAUCACCUUGUAAUUGCCAGUGUUCAGCUUCCAAACGACGAUGCCCAGUUUGAUGCUUCACACUACGACAGCGAAAAAGGAGAGUUUGGAGGCUUUGGCUCUGUAAGUGGUAAAAUAGAGAUUGAGAUAAAAAUCAACCAUGAGGGAGAAGUGAACAGAGCCCGUUACAUGCCCCAGAAUCCCUGCAUCAUUGCCACCAAGACUCCCACCAGCGAUGUGCUGGUGUUUGAUUACACAAAACAUCCCUCUAAGCCUGACCCUUCUGGAGAGUGCACCCCAGACCUGCGUCUCAGGGGUCACCAGAAGGAGGGCUACGGCCUGUCCUGGAACCCAAACCUCAGCGGAUGCCUCCUUAGUGCUUCUGAUGACCAUACUAUAUGCCUGUGGGAUAUCAGCACGGUGCCGAAGGAGGGGAAGAUAGUGGAUGCCAAAACUAUUUUCACAGGCCACACUGCUGUGGUGGAGGACGUCUCCUGGCAUCUGCUCCACGAGUCGCUUUUUGGAUCUGUGGCAGAUGACCAGAAGCUCAUGAUCUGGGACACGAGGUCUAACAACACCUCCAAGCCCAGCCACGCGGUGGACGCCCACACAGCAGAGGUCAACUGCCUGUCUUUUAAUCCCUACAGCGAGUUCAUUCUGGCCACCGGCUCCGCUGACAAGACUGUGGCUCUUUGGGAUCUGAGGAACCUGAAACUGAAGCUCCACUCGUUUGAAUCUCACAAGGACGAGAUCUUCCAGGUCCAGUGGUCUCCUCAUAACGAAACCAUCCUGGCCUCCAGUGGCACCGACAGGCGGCUCAACGUCUGGGACCUCAGUAAGAUCGGAGAGGAGCAGUCUCCUGAGGAUGCUGAGGACGGCCCCCCUGAGCUGCUGUUCAUCCAUGGUGGACACACAGCCAAGAUCUCCGACUUCUCCUGGAACCCCAACGAGCCAUGGGUCAUCUGCUCAGUUUCAGAGGACAACAUCAUGCAAGUGUGGCAAAUGGCUGAAAAUAUCUACAACGACGAGGACCCGGAGGGUGCCGCAGACUCGGAGGUCCAAGCCUGAGUCCCGUCUUAACGUCGUUUCAUUUUCGACCUACUUAUUGAAAAUGGAUCCAUUUCUCACUGCUGCACCUCUAAACAUUGAAAACUUUCACACAAAUAAUUUUGAGCAGCAGUGUUUUGGAGGAAAAUGGAAGAAUCAUCUGGCACUGUCAUUGUGUUGCGAUGUGUUUUAAAACGGCGUUUGUUUCCGUCUGACUUUUUGAUGUUCUAGGUUUUCUAAAUUAAUUCUGGCCUUUAAUGAAACAUCAGAUGUGUUUACCGUUCAAAUUCUUUUAUUUCUUUUCCAUUAGCUGUGCAGAGGACAGGUCUGCAGCGAUCCAUUUGCAAUACAACUGUACAUACUGCUGGUUUUCCUUUUGAUUUGCUCAUUUUUUCUUUUCGUAGUUGAAUUUUCCAGAUUGUGAAUUGUUGUUUCUGUUGGGUUUUUCUGCAUUUUUGUUUCUCUGUGCUGCAUCUUAUCUUUUGUGUACCUAAGUAUAUUCAUAAUAAAAUAUUUACAGUAAA